AUGAAUUUUCCAACCAAUAAAAUGUUGAGUGGAUUAAAAGGUAUCAGAAUUAGUCAAUUCAUAGUCUAGAUCUUGGGCAAGAUAGAUAAGCAAAUUAUAUGUUUUAUUUUGGAUUAAUAUCAAACAUCACUUCUUAAUUUGAUUACGACUAUUUCGACAUAUCUUGCUAAGACUCCUAUAACUCAAUUAUGCAUUUCGGAUAAGGACAGAACCUCAAAAUCAAGUUUCAUUGUAUCCUAGUUUGGUGGUAUAAUAAGAUUGAAUAAUAUUCAAAUAGUUGAUUCUAAUACUUCUACUUUUGGGAAAUUAAUGACUGUUGAAGCCUUAUCAGAUGUAUCUUUUUUUUCUGCUAAUGCUGUAAACACAAUUUAACUCGAUGAUGUGAAAGUAACUUAGAUAUAAUCUCAAUCCUUAGAAAUUCCUAUUUUUAAGAUUUCAACUCAAACUACUCCUAAUUAGGAGCCCAAUGAGGGGGCUUUGGAUAUUUUGAUUCUUCAAAAAUCCUAUUGA